AUGCCAGAGGAAAAUAUUUUACAUGGACCACCAUUACCAGUUAUGGAAUUCGAAAAUUUAUCUUUAGGACAAUUGAUAUUAAAUCAAUUAAGCAUUCAUAGAUUUUGGGUAGCACAGGUAAAUGCUUAUACAGGGAAAAUACAAACAUUUAAAGAUAUUCUAGACAUUAGUAGAAAAUUAGCAAUUGCUCUUGAUAAAGAAGGAUUAAAAAAAGGUGAUAAAAUAGCUAUAUGCAGUGAGAAUAAUCUGGAAUUUUGUUUAGCAGUAUGUGCUGCAUUUUUCUUGGGUGUUACUGUUUGCCCACUAAACCCACUUUAUACAGAAAGAGAGUUAAAACAUGCAUUAAGUAUAUCGAAACCUAAGUACAUUUUUAUAUCACCAUUUGGAGCAAAAAACAUAUGUAAAGUUGCUCCUCAGUUGUUCUGGUUACCAAAGCUGAUAAUGUUAACAGAAUCCACAGAUAAAAUAUUGCCAUGCAUUGAUAGUCUAAUAUCAAACACAAUUAUUAGUGAUAACUUCCAUGCCUGUUCAGUAGAUGUUAAUGAUCAUGUAGCAGUUAUUUUAUGCUCUAGUGGCACUACAGGAUUACCAAAGGGUGUAAUGUUAACAGAUAAAAAUUUUUUAACUGUGAUAAGAAAUCUUGUAGCUUUAUUACCUGACCGUUUAAACAACAAUUCAACAAGCUUAGCUUUACUACCAUUCUUCCAUGUAUACUCUUUUUCUGUAAUGCUUGCAAAUCUCAUUUUUGGAAGUAAUUGCAUUAUUCUUCCACGUUUCGAUGAAAAAAUAUUCUUACAUGCUAUAGAAAAAUACAAAAUUCAACACUUAACUGUUGUACCACCACUCAUGGUGUUCUUAGCAAAACAUCCUAUUGUAGACAAAUACAAUUUGUCUAGCAUUAAAGAGAUUUGGUGUGGUGCAGCAUCUUUAUCCAAAGAAAUUGCAAAAAUGGUUGAAAACAGAUUAAAUAUAACAAUAAAGCAAGCAUAUGGAUUAACAGAAACUACUUUAGCUGUGCUUCAAGCACCAGAUAAUAGUACAAAGUAUGGAAGUGUAGGGACAUUAGUUCCAGGAAUAUCAGCAAAAGUAAUACCAGUUAAUGGAGACGAAUCAAGUGAACCUCUAGGACCAAACAGUGUAGGAGAACUAUGUUUCAAAGGAGACUUAAUAAUGAAAGGAUACUGCAAUAAUGAAGAAGCUACAGCAGCAACAAUUGAUAAAGAUAGAUGGCUGCAUUCAGGAGAUGUAGGGUACUAUGAUGAACAGGGUUAUUUCUAUAUAGUCGACCGUUUAAAAGAGCUUAUUAAAUAUAAAGGAUAUCAAGUUCCACCAGCUGAACUAGAAGCAAUACUAUUAACAUGUCCUGGAGUUAAUGAUGCAGCAGUUAUUGGAUUACCACACGAAGAAACAGGAGAAUUGCCAACAGCUUUUGUUGUUAAACAAGAAGGAUCUGAUGUAACAGCAGAAGAAAUUACUAACUUUGUAAAUGAACGCGUAUCAAGCCAUAAAAAACUUCGAGGCGGCAUUAGAUUCGUUGAAAAUAUACCUAAAACUGCAUCAGGUAAAAUUCUACGUCGUAUGCUUCGUGACACGUUUAAAUCAAAAUUAUAA